UUUAAAAGUAGUAUAAUAUUGAUAAAGAAAAGUUACAAGAACUUAGUUUCUUUUAGAAAUUCCUAUGUCAUAAGUAUUAUCACUAAUCAAUAAUUAUCUAGGACAGUUAAAGAGUUACUAAAAAAGGAGGACACAAGUGGCAAUGAUUUCUGUAAAAUUAUUUCAAGUUAUUUGGUUUAAAAAGAGGAAUUCGUAAGGAAUGGAGCUGUUUACUAGUAAUACAAACACGAUGGGAUUUUUCAUAGAGAAAACUGGAUAUAUUAGAGAUCUCCGGAAUUCAGCCAAGUGAUUCUAGGGCAAUUUAAUGUUUGAGCAUUUUAGUAACACUGUGCGAUCCUUCAAAAAUACGUCAAACGACACUCAUCCGACGAUUACACUAGGAGAAUGGGGGAAUGAAUUCGGACGUGUAUGUUGAAAUGCUUGAUCGAUUACUCUUGACCCACUGAACGCAUCAGUUUUUAACGAAUAUUCACCGGAAGACUCAAGUAAGUUGAACUGUUUCAUCACUUCAUUACUAAAAAAUAAUUAGAAAUUGAUUGGUCAAUUAUUUUUGACAAAUUUGUAAUGCCAUAAUAUGAAAAUUCCGGGGAAGGAUGAUUCAAAAGAUCAUUGCUGAUAUUUCUCACUAAUGCUGGAAUCAAGUAAAUCCAGUGAAGCUUACCAGCCUCUGGGAAAUGUCAGCGUCAUAUAUUACGUGUGGUGAAAACACAUUCAACUGAAGUAGAGAAUGUUAUCAGUGUUGUUCAACACACUUCCCACGAGUCUUUUCUAAAUUUUCCAUUGGAAACUUCUACUAAUUGAAAAGAUCAUUGUGUAAAAAAUUAUACAGUACUCGAAGUAGAAAAAAAUAAUGGCCUGAUGACAACAUCUGGCUCAUCAAUAAUGCCAAUAAAACCUUGCCAAUAAAUUAUCCAAUCGGAGCGUAUCACCGGGCCCAACUAAAUUGAAUAAACCAAACCCUUUUUCCAUUUUUCUCAGCCAUUUGGGGAAUAAAAUUACAAAAGAAACCUGACGCUGACGUCUUUUUAUUUGAUGUUUAAUUUGUCACGCCUCGUGACUAAAUCUCUCGUGUAAUUUCCAAUAUUUUUUUCAUACCAUGUGUCAGUAAGAUCGAUUUCACGGUGAAAAGGGUUUUUCAUCGAAAUUUACGAGUCGAAGGGUUGAGUUGCUCGUUUGAAAAAGUCCUUCAGUUUACUACAAUACUUUUUCUCAUUUUUAAUCAUUUUUAUUAUUUAUUUCAUCGAAUCAGUACUCACAUGAACCUAACAGUGAGAAUAUUUAAUGAUCAAAUUACUUAGCGAAGUGAAAGUGAACUUUUACUCGAGAAUUGUAAAUUUAUGGAGUACAUUAAACAAUGCAAAACCCCAUUAAUUUUCCUCAAGAUUCACACGUGCCAGUAUUCCACGCCCCAUGUCAAAUACAAAUAUUGCAUAAUAAAAGCCUCAAGCCCAACGUCCAACACAUACAAAUUCGUUACAGAUUGAUCAAAAUAUUUCAUCUAUAUGAUACUAUUAAUGAACUUUGGAGGUUGAUCAUGUAUAUGACGAUCCAGCCGAUAAUGUAUCAGAAAAAAUUGAAUGUAUACAAAAAAUGGGCAAAAGGAUGGUCAAUAAGUAAUAAUUCAAAUUGAAAAACAAUUUUUUUUGCCAUUUUUCAAGAUUCUGAUUAGCCUGUUGCUAUAGCCACCCUUUAUCACACCAUAUGUCAUUUAUUAGAUUACUUUCACUUGUUCAAUCAACAAGGGAGUUGUAUUAUCAGUCACCACGUAACCGCGAUUCAUAUCAUUUCAAUGUAAAAGUAGCCACCUCGAAAAAAUAAAAGCUUCCAGCAACAGAGUAUAAUUACAAUGUAAUAACUGAUUACUCAUGUUUGAAGGAAUUUGAAAAAGCUAGGUCAUCCAAUCGCUAAUCCAAAAACGCGGCGUCCAGUUACAACCGCGGCACGCGUCAUAGAUUUUCAAAACGGAGAGCUAGAGGAGGGGCAGGACGGAUAGAAAUAUGAAGAGAAAAGAAAAAAAAGGGGGCGGAGAAACCCCACUAUACGAUUAUAGGGUAAAUCCAGUAGUUGGGUCUUUCUCUCUCUUUCUCUCUCUCUCUCUCUCUCUUACUACAUGGUGCCCCAUAUACAGUAGCUAAGGGUUCUCUCGAUAUGUUGUUAAGGAGGGGGGGAGGGGGUACCAGUGCUACAACCCUCGAUGGAUAGUCCUAUAUAUGCCCCUAAAGACCCUUGGUACGUACCCAGUCCUCAUUCGUACCCCGAGUUUAUCGGCUCGUGCAACAUUCGCCUGUACUUUGUAUUAUAGAUAUUAUAUUUUUUUAAGAGUACCAUCGAAUACACCAGAGUCAGAUUUAUAAAGUGAAUUUUUACCAUUGGAUUAAAUCCGUUUAACCGUUCACAAUGUCAUCUGAAUACUCAUUCUGUAGUGAAAAUGGCUUUGAUGAACUCUCAAGCUCCUCAGAUUCUGGGUUUGAUGUUAGCUUUGAAUCUCCGAAGCAUGAAAAUUCAAUUGAUCCUCUUUACGCCCCGAUGAAGGAGGAAAAGAAGAAGAAAACUAGGAGUGCUCGUUGUAAAAGUCCUACACAGGUCCUCAAACUAAAGCGCAAUCGACGAAUGAAAGCAAAUGACCGUGAACGUCACCGAAUGCAUACGCUGAACGAUGCCCUAGAGCGUCUACGAAUGGCCCUGCCAACAUUUCCAGAAGACACAAAACUAACGAAGAUCGAGACUCUUCGAUUCGCACACAACUACAUCUGGGCACUUUCCCAGACACUCGGAAACACCGAGACUGGUGAAAUAACAGUGAACGUGGGUAACGUCACAGUAAGCAUAAGCGAAAACGGCAACAUGAUUACAUCGUCGACGGGAAGUUGUGCUGUCGCAGCUCAAAAACGUCUUGGGCCUGUCCACAACAGCUAUCCUUACCCCCAGGAACGAUUUAUGCCAGAAUGGCAGGAAUAUGAUUGUUAUAGUGACCAAAGUAUAAGUCCACCUAUCCAAUAUCAGGCUUGCUAUGAUCAAAGGAUGUACAACCCCCCCCAUACCCAACAUCAAAUGAGCCAACCACAUCUAAUCGGACAUCAUAAUAACAUGUAUCAGUGUCUGUGAGAUACAGCCAAUGAAUCAAGUGAAAAUCCGCAUGUGACUGUUGUUGAAAAGACUAUUUCAAUAUUUAACCAAAUAAUCAAUUUAAUUAGGAAUUCUAUUAUCGCCAAGUGAAGUGAGAGAACUUUUAUUUUAAGAAUUGAUGAAAAAAUUCAUUGUUUAUUAAUCAGAAUCAUCAACUACGUGUUGAUGAAACAUUAAUUGACGUAGAAAAAAUUGGCGUCUAUCACUGAAUUGUCAAUUACUAAAGUAACUAAACUAUCGUUAACUACUGUGUAAGAAAAUAUUUUUAUUACUAGUAUAUAAAUUUUGAAAAAUUUUGAACAGACUGAAAAAGAAAAAUAAAUAAUCAACGGGAAUUUUUAGACUGCCUUCAAAGCGUUCUAGUCAGAGUGAACAGUUAUCAACAGAUCUCAAUGUUUUAAGAUUUUACGUUAAGUGGAGAAGCUAGUAUGUAAUUGAUGCCUGCUAAAAUGUGCUCUUAUGAUGAUGUCAUUCUGAGAAAUA